AUGGGCCUGGCCGGGCCCCCCCCGUUGGCGACGGCCCUGCUGGUGGUGACGCUGGUGACAGGCUGCGGCGCCGCCGGCUCCUGGUCGGCCUGGAUGCCCGCCACCACGUCGGCGCUGGCCGGCUCCUGCGCGCUCAUCCCGUGCCGCUUCUCCUUCCCCGAGGAGCUGCGCCCGGCCGCCGUGCACGGCCUCUGGUUCUUCGGCAGCCCCUACCCCAAGAGCUACCCGCCCGUGGUGGCGCGCUCGCACCCGGGCGGCCCCGUGCACGAGAGCUUCGCGGGGCGCGCGCGCCUCGUGGGGACCCCGGCCACGCGCGACUGCUCCCUGCUGCUGCAGCGCCUCGGCCCCGAGCUCGCCGGCCGCUACUACUUCCGCGGGGACCUGGGCGGCUACAACCAGUACACCUUCUCGGAGCACGCCACGCUGGCCGUGCUCG